AAACUGUAUUGUCUUUGUCUUUUAGGUUGUGGUUUUAUUGGGAGGAACUUUGUGCACUAUUUGGUGAGCAAGGACUUAGCAGCGAAGAUCCGUGUGGCUGACAAAACACCUCCUCAGAUGGCAUGGAUGAAUGAGAAGCACAAGGAAGCAAUUGAAAGUGUGGACUUUGUAUCAGCUAAUCUCAUCAAUCCAGGUUCAGUCUCUAAAGUUUUCUCUGAUGGGGAUGAUUCAUAUGAUAUUGUAGUCAACCUAGCAGCCGAGACUCAGUAUGGCAGAGCUGAUGUGAUAUAUGAGGAAGGCAUUGUAAAACUCAGCCAGAAUUGCGCCCGUGAAGCAGUAGCUAGAAAUGUCAAGAAAUAUAUUGAGCUAUCAACAGGUCAAGUUUAUUCUUCAGACAAGAAAUCCAGCAAGGAAAGUUCUUCCAAGCUUUCUCCAUGGACAGGCAUUGCUAAAUGUAAAUUACAAGUAGAAGAAGAACUCAAGAAGAUUGAUGGAUUAAACUACUGUGUAUUAAGGCCAGCAAUUGUGUAUGGACUAGGAGACAAAUAUGGCUUGACUCCUAGAUUAAUAAUUGGUGCAGUUUAUAGACAGCUGGGAGAAAAGAUGGAGAUGCUGUGGUCAGCUGAUCUAGGGAUGAAUACAGUUCAUGUAGAUGAUGUAUGCCAAGCUAUCUGGCAUGUUGCUAAUAAGGCUGAGAAUGGUGAAGUCUUUAAUGUAGUGGACAAGUCAUCUACAACACAAGGUGUGAUCUCAGAUCUUGUUUGUCAAAUCUUUGAUAUCAAGUUUGGAUUCUUGGGAACAGCUCUUACUAAGAUUGCUGAAUUGAGUAACAAGGACAUAGCUGAAUUUUGCAAUGAUAAACAUACUGAACCUUGGUCAGAAGCAUGUAAACUGGAUAAGAUAGAACACACACCACUCAGCCCAUAUCUAGAUGCGGAACUUCUUUAUCACAAACAUAUGUUGCUGGAUGGUAGUAAGUUAGAGGCAACGGGCUUUACUCACCACAGACCAAAAAUAACCAAGCAAGCUUUACAAGAGAUGGUGGAUGACUUUGUCAAGAUUGGCGUAUUUCCCAAGUCUUUGGUGCCGAGCUGAUUCCAAUCCAGUACACUCUAAAAAUUGUUUUCUUUGAGGGCUUUAUUGGUAAUUGGUGAUUUUGCUGGCAAAUACUCAAGGAAACAGCUCUGAAAGGACUGCAUCUAUUCUGUGGCCUAUGUUAUGUGGAUUACCAGUGCAUUGUAAAUGUUCCUUUUAUUGAUUUAUGUCUUCCAUAUUAGCAGCUUCUUUAUCAAGGAAUGGAAGUAAGGUUCAGUACUUUUAGUGUGAUAUUAGGUUAUAUUUUGAAACAUGUUAUGCUGUAUAUGUCUUAUGCUUAUAAGCCAUGAUAGAGAAAAGCUAUGUAGUUAUAGUUGGGAUUGUGAUUUAUCACUAUCACUUUUAUCCAUGCAAAGGAGAUCAUAUUUUAAGAUUUUACAGCCAUUGUCGUCUUAUCAUAUGCAGAUACAUGCCUAUGAUAGAGUUUAUUCUUUGAUAUCUGUUGUACUGGGGGCUUUCCACAUUUCGUUCAUAUUUAGUAUUUAAAGAAGUGUACACAUUUUAAUGAACAAACUGGUGUAAUUUUCAUAGUAUAUUAUUAUAUUGUGAAUAGUUAGUUUAGGGUUUGAUAUAUUAGGCUGUCCGUUUGACAAUCUAUACCUGCUACAGGAAAUAAAUUUGUUUGAUAGAUUAACUCCAUUCUCAAAUAGCACACCCAUACAAGAUGGCCCCUAGAUUGGUACACUGAUUAUUUAUUGAUAAUUUUUCCUAAAAUUUAAGUAGGAGAAGAUUGCCAUUUCAAUAUCAUAAAAGAUUUUUUAUGUAAAUGAAUCACAAAACACAUUCAUUGUAGUUUAUUCAUGUGGAAUUAGAUACAUACCACAUAUUUGAUACAUCACUGACUCUGUAUUAUGUGUUAUUCAGUAUAUUGCCAGGUUCAUAUAAAUCAAAGUCAAUGUAUUCUUUUAAUUGGAGGCUGAUUGGAUAUUUUUAUCAUGUAUCUAUAAUGGGAGUGCAUCCCAACAUAGUACACGUAUGUUAGGCUAUGUCUCUUAUCAUUAUUAUCAUAUAUAAUUCAUCAGCUAAUGUACAUAGAGUUUGGUGUUGAAGUCAAGGCUAAUGUUACUACUUCUAGUUCAUGGGCUAUAGAUAUGACAUACAGAUUGUGGUGUGUUAUGAAUUUUACCUGGAAGUGUAAUAUUAAUCACAUUAUUAUUAAUUCACUAAUGGAUCAUGUAUGCUUCAUACUAUUUUAGUUUAGGUCAAAUGUUGAAAUGAUUAAUCAUAAUGUAUUGAAUUUCCUGCUAGCUCUUUGAUUAUAGAAACAUAUUUUGAUUUGUAAAGCAGUAGACAAGUAUGUAUUUCAUGGGUUCAACUGUGGUUUUAUAAAAUUGUGGUUUUAGUUCUUGGGAGCUAUAUAUUCAUUCUUUUUUUAUAUUCUGUUUAAUUAAAUUCCUGUCUCUCAUAAUGUAUUGUAGUUGGUUAGCACCUGUGUAGAAUAUGCUUGUAAUACAGUAAUAUUGAUUUAUGUGUAAACCUAUCACAUCAUUCCUAAGAUAUCAGAUUUAUUUUGAACUGAAAAGAGUACAGUGCUAAUUAGAGUUAAUGUUUGGUUACUUUCAUUGAUAGUUUUACAUUAUCUUGCUUAUGAUGAAAUGUUUUAUAGGAAUGCAAUACUUAAAGGAACAGUAAUGCAUGGUAGUCUUGAUGUUAUUUAGUUUUUAGUAUUCCAUUUUUGAGUGCCUUUCUUUCCUUUUACUCUGUGCAAUAUUUUGCCAAAAAGAAAUGUCUUGAAAUAUAUAUCUUGUGUAUUCUUCCAUGAACAAUACAUUCCUGUAAUGAAAAAAAAUUGGUCUUUAGAACAUCAUAAUUUCUCCAUACGCUUAUACGAUAGUGUAUGUGCAUAGCAAAUCAGAUUUACUUUUCAUCCCCCAAAAUAUGUAGUAUGAAAAUAGAUUACUUUGAUUGUGUAUGCCUGGUCAGUCAUGUUGUGGAAAUGAUAUGUGAAUUCCAAUUCGUCAAAUAAUUGUCAUUUUGAAUUAUCAUAAGAAUGAUUUACUCUAGUCCAAAAGAUUAAAAAACUGAUUUUCAUGGCAGAGAAUUUUUCAAAUUACCAAAAUCUCAUACCGGAAACAUUACAUAUUAAUAGAUACUAAUAUUCCUGUGAAGUCAUGCAUUAUACAUUCAGUUGAAGAUGUUUGUUAGAAUUGGAGCAUGUGCAUGUUGAUGUGUAUAUUUCUUGAUAUGAUUCUCAUAAACACUUUCUUAUCUCCCUUGAUUAAAUUGAAAAUAACACAUAUCUCCCGAACAAAAUAAAAGAAAGAGAGAAAAUGUUAGUAGUAUAUCCAGCUUUGACAAAUGUUGACAAUAUUUUGAAAGGUUUAUAUAGUUUUAUUUUCAGGUGCAAAACACUUAAUACAGUAAGCAAUAAAUAUUACAGCUAAAUCUCCUUAAUGCAUUAUCAAAAAAUGAGUUCAUAGUUUCUUUCAUUUUGUUUAUAUAUAAUCAAAUUGGUGCUGAAAUGAAUGAGUAAAUGUGACAUGUUUUGUGGUAUGCAUUCAGUAUACAUUGCCAUGCAUGAAUUUGGGUUAUUGGUACAGAGUUUAUAGGUUUGAUAAGAUAUGACAGAUUUAGGAGUAGCCCCUGUUUGCAUUGUUCAUUGCAGAGCUAUUAAUGGAUUUGUAUUGGGUUUUUUUUCAUUGUAAUCAGGAUAUCUUUUUUUUUUUCUUCAAAGUAGCCUUUCUGUUAGCAAUAUAAUUUACCAUAUAUUUGUUUGUCUUACAUUAAGAUUGAAGUUAUUUAGGAAUCAUGUUUAUAAUAUGAAGCUGAUAAUACAUGCUUCAAAGCUAAAUGAUCAUGUCAUGUUGCAAGAUGAAAUCAUUAUAUUCGAGAAAAAUUAUAUACAUUCCUGUGCAAAGUAUAUUGAAUGUUGAGUACAUUCUCUUUAAUAGUUGCUAAUAAAAAAAUGUGUAUGAAUUAUAUUUUUUUCAUAAAUUGAACUGAAAAGAGUAAAUGAUUUGAAUUGCUGUUUUCAUCUUCAAGGACGUUUUUACCCUUUUAACCCAAUAUGGUUCUUGUUUUGUCUGAAAUCUUUUUUUUUCAUUUCACUGCUGCAUUAUAUUUCCCCUGUUAUUUAUUUUUACAUAAACCAAGCAAAAUGUUGCUUGCUUUCAAAUUAAUUUGAAAUUUAAGAUAUACUUUUGAUCUUUAAAGAUUUAUUGAACUGCAUAUUGCAUUUUGUUAUGUAUUUUGAGAAAACCAUUUCUGGUCUAAAAUAUAUAGGCCUACUGAUGUUAGCCAAACAAAUAUAUUGCAAUAAUAUAUAUAUUUUUAUUUGAUCUGAUCACACCAUGUGGUAAGGCAAUGAUCAAAUAUUUUUCAUCUUAACUUAAGGGUUUUCUCUCUUUUAUUUUGAAGUUGCACAUUUAUGCAAUAACAGAUUUAAAAUGUGUUUUAUUAAAAAAAAGUGAUGAUUUAUAUGCAGUUUUAUGUAACUUGAUAUCUGCCUUUUAAAAUGAUAUUUUAAAUAUUUGGAGAGUCAGUCAAUCACUGAAUGUUUGUAAGAAUCUUAUUUACAUGUAUUAUGAUAAGCUAAUCUUGAUGUGCUGUUUUGGGUCAUUAUCAACUUUUUUAAAGGCAAGCUAUAAGAAAAAUGUAUGUGAUGUGCAAUUACCAACUAAGCACAUGACUGAAGGAAUUGUGUGAUGUUUAUAACAAUGUAUACUGUAUAACAAUACAAUACACAUUUUCAUAAUUUAGCCAAGUAAGUCAGCUUUAUGCAUGUGGCUAAGGGGCAUUACGGGGACUAAUAUUUGUAAUCAUGUCAUGUAAAUUUUUGAUGAAGAUGAGGUUUUUUUUAAGUGGUUGGGGUUUUUUAGCAAUAAUUUGGAGUUUCUGUUUAAUAUACUGUUGUAUUUGGACUGAUCAUAUUUGCUAUACUCUGCUAUUCUGCGGUCUAUUGUAAGGUUUUAUUGUGUUAUAUGAAUUUAGCAAAGGCAGUGAUUUUACUAGCAUUUUAUAAUUUUAUGGAAGAAAGCUAUGUGUAGAAUGUUGUAAUUUCACUGUCAUCUCAGUUAAAUAAACAGACUGUGACCAAAUCUAUAAGAUGUCCUUGUAGUUGCUGUUUUUUGUAGCAUAAUAAUUAAGAUGGAAAGGAAGGCACUUUUAAAUUGAUGGUAUUAUCAAUCAUAAUUAAUGGUCAUUAUUGAUGUAAGAAAUUGAAAAUAAUUAUUGGACCUGA